AUGGAGGUGUUUGACAAGAGGCCAGUGGUCUUGAUCGUCAUCAGAAUGGUGCUCUCCCACCAGGUUGAGAAUUUCCUUCUUUGUUCUCCUCCGUUGCGUAGGCAGUGGGAAGAUGCUGCUGAUGCAUCACCUCGUCUGGAGAUUCACGCCAUGAAGCAGUGGCCCAGAGUACUGCAACAGACUGAAUGGACAUCGCUCAAUCUCUUCGCGACGAAGAUCGAUGAGAUCGUGGAGAAGAGAGACAACGAAGUGGACUACGUGCUCAUCUACACUCCCGGACAGAUAGAGAUUUUUACUUGGUCUGCGUCGGGAGCAAUCAUCACAGAGGCCUUUGUGUGCACCUUUCCAUCGUCCGUGAUCUGCGUUGUGGACAUCUUCGGUCAGCCCAGUUACAUUCAUGAGAAACAUGCUCUCCGCCUGUAG